AUGAAUGCCAACGGAGCCCUCUAUCCUCAAUUUCCCAUCCGCCGCAACCCUCCUCCUCAUCAAUCCGGUCCUAUCGUUAUAGUCCAGGUUGGCAAGACUCGGAUGGCCUUUGGUAGGCAGUACUUGGAGUCACACUCGCUGGAGGACCUCAUCGCCCUCUUCGCUAGUCUGAGUGUUGGCGUGCCCCCCACUCGUCCUCUCAGACUACGUGACCGAUAUCUAUUCCUUCAGACGCGUGUUCGCGUUCUCCUGCCCGAAGACAACGAGCCCCUUCCUGUCCAUGCGGACUCCUGGAUCGCCCUCAUGCCUCAGAUGCGCGAAAUCCAUAUUGUCGACGCAGAGGGUGCCACCAUCCGUGCCUUCAUGAGCUCGGCUUUGGUGCUGAUCGCUGCUUACAACGGUCACAAGAAGGAUACGAGAGGAGGCGUGAGCUAUACGUGCGAAGGAGUCGGCGAUCAUGUCGUGGGUGGGAUGGACAUUCAGGAAUCCAGGCACGACAAGCCUGGCAUCCUCGGCAAGAAGCAGAAUCCAGCGGAUGAUCAUAUAUGA